AUUACAAUGAGUGAAAGUAGGUAAAACCUGUAAAGCCAAUUUGAAUACUUUUUGCUGAUAACUCUUUUAGUUAUAAAAAUUUUACAAAGCCCUGCAUUUAUUAAAUUGCUUGCUGAAUCCAUUAUAAAAAAGGAUUGUCCUAAUUUCAGUUUUGUUCAAUUAGAAAUUUUGGGUAGUGGUUCUUAUUUUGUUCUUUAUAUGGCUCAAUCACGUUCAAUCCUUUUGGAGAUUCAGUCAGACAUUACAAAAAUUUCGAUGAAAAAAUCAGUUGAAAAAUGCUUGGAAAUAUCCUACCGCUUUGACAUUGAGCCUUCGCUUGUUAUUCUUUGUACUGAUAAGAUCUCCUCGUCAGUAAGAUCACUACUAUCACCCACUUUGGAAAAUUCUCAUAGACAGACGUUCAAGAGUACUGUGUGGGCGGAAAGUUGCCUAAUUAUCCUCAAAAAUGCAAUUAACUUUAGUGAAGACGAACCAAACAAACUUGACCCGUUGGUAGUAUUUGCGAUCUAUUUUUCUGAUGAUGAAAUGCAGAAACAAAAGCUGCGAGAUAUUGGCAAUCCCAUUAUAAGGGAUAUAAUCAAAGAUUAGUAAAUAAUAGCUAAAGUUCACCCACAAUUAGAUUAAACCUGCCUAUCCUUUAAACGGUUUUGCGUUUAAAUAUGAAUGCAAGCUUAUUAGUUUCUGAGCCUUUUAUUAUUUCAUGGGUAUUUUACUUUCUUUAUCCAAAUUGGUCCUUCUUGAGUGCCGCUCAUCAGUUAUAGACUUGCCGCGAUCUGACGUUACUUAAUAGACAUUUUACUUCUACUCAACAUAAUAUAACAAUCUACACAUAUAAAAUAUAAUUCAUAAAAAUACACAUCACCUUCUAACAAGCACAUAAUGACUC